UCAUCAUCUCUACAGAAUCACCCUGUUGCAUGGCUCCCCAUUGCGUUAGUUGCACUCGUGCGCUUCGAAGGCUCGUGUUUUUUGCAUUUCCCUCAAUCACUCUCUCUCUCUCGCUCGCUAACCACAUCUCACAAACGAGCCCACGAGAGCCCACGAUCGGAGACUGCAGGCGAGCGAGUUGAUCGCGAGCAGACGCCACGAACCCCACAACACUUUUCGAGCAUUUUUCGCGCUACGCUCGCUGCGCUGAGUUCGGCAGUUUGGACACAACCCGAAUGCGCCACAUUCGAAAGAUGGCCGUCGGUCUGAUCGGUACGCGUCGUUAAAGUGUGUUGCGCAUCUAGCGUGCAGGCUUUCUCGCUGUUGUGUGUUUUUAACUAAGGUUGAAGAAAAAUUGUUGUAAGUGUGUGUAUUUUUCUGUGCGAUAAAAAGUGCUGAAAUUUUUUGGCUGUAAAACGGAAAACACAAGCGGCUGAGAGGGAAAAAAGUGAAAUACGAAAAAUCGACGAUCCGUUAUUCUUCAUUUUGUUUUAUUACGAAUUCGAUGCGUUUUGACGAGUGUGUGUAUGUGUGUGUGCUUAUAGUUGUAUUGCGUGCAUGUAUGUGCUUUGUGUGUGCGCUUUGUGUUUUAUGAUCGUAAGCUAAAACAAAAGUGUGAAGGUAGAGGAGAAAAAAAGGAGUAAAAUUAAUCAACAGUACAGUGGUGUUAGUAGCAAAUAGUGCAUCGAUUUUCACCAUCGAAAGUAAGCGCAGAGCGAAGAGUGAUAACACUGGCCGUGUGUACUGUGUUGAUUGUGUGGUGGGCAAUAAAAUUGAGCAAAUAGUAAAAUAGUAAAUUUUACUUACGAGAAGCAAUCAACCCGAAAGAAGGAAAGUGAAUGGAGCCAGUCAGCUUGUGCUGGUGAUGUUUUCCCUUUGAAGGUAUGGAAAACAUGGUAAAUUAAUUUCAACUUUUCCCUACGUGUGCAGUUUUUUGUGACGUGCAUUGGUGUUUAGUUUUCCAAUAAAUAAAAAAAGAGUUAAAAUAAACAUAAUAAAAGAAUUUAGAAAAAAAAUGUUCUUCAUUAGCAUGGUGCAUAAAGUGCCUGUAAACACGUCUACGGAGUAGAUGCUUCCAUCGCAAACUCUUUUGGACGUUGUGUGACGUGCAGCGUCUGGAAACCGUUUUUAUCACGCUCCUCACACUACCAAAACACGCUAACUUAAGAACCGGUCUUUGUUGGUGAGGUAGCUUCGGUGGUUCACCAGUAAACUGCUAUGUGCUGACCGGAAGUGUCAUCGAACAGAAGUGCUUCGAGAGCAGCAUCGUCCAGACAAUCGUUCCCGUUGAAUUUGUCCAUUAGACGUUUUGAAAGCGUUAAAUUAAAAGAUUAAAACGCCUAGAAAAGAGGAAAAGCUAAAACAAAACAAAGCUUGAAGUGUCAACGCUGCAGCAACGGAACUGCUACCGUUUCGUUCCAAAGAUACGCCACCUUCAGCAGUCAUAGAGAAAGAAUGAUUCCAUCAGAUGGCGAAAGUUAGCCAUCUACCAAUGAGGCGCUAUCCUACCGAUCAGCCAGCAGCCGUCAAUGUAGAUCCAAUCAACUUCUAUCCGCCGGCCAAUGCUACACACCAUCGGGUUCCCAAGCCCACCGACAAAAGCAAAAAAACAUGGGGCCAACGACUGAAGCUUAGCAAAGCAUCGCCCAUAACCGAAGACAAGCAGAACGGUGCACUGAACGGAACCGCAAGCGGUGGUUCUGCCCUGGUACCAUUCGGUACCCGUGGCUAUGACCCAUCGUUGGACUUUAACGGCAACGGUCCGGCAUCGCUGUCCUCGGUAACGCACUCGAACGGUACGAACAAUUCCACACACUCCAAUGUGCAUCAGCUGGCCACGAUGAAGUACGCUGAAACAUGGGUGUAUGGGACGAUGCGUGGCAUGCCACCACCGUUGGCAAUGUCACCCCAUCAUCCUCAUCAUCCCCAUCUGCCAGCAAUGUACUGUCCACCGCCUCCACCACCGGAAGUGGCCGUACUGAUCUGUUGCUGCCCGGAGUACCUAACCGGGACAAAGCGAGAAAUUAAAAAGGCGAGCGUAUGCAAAAAGUGCAAAGGAUCUCGGCUACCACUAGCACCGAUCGGUGGUACGAUGCGUCUAACAUCCGGUGCCACUUAUCUUGCACCACCGCCAAUCCGAACGAGUGCUGGAACAGUUAAGUUAGCCUCGACCUAUGGUAAAAAGGCACGUCCAACGAUACUCGGCAAUGGGAACCCAGAUCCGUACGACUUUAUGCGCCGGUCAAGGUUAACCCAACCGACCGAGACCGGGACCAAUGGUGGAGGUGGUUCAAAGUCCGUGAAAAGUAGUCUAAAGGAAAAGCUAAGAGGUCGUACAAAAAGUACAAGUCCUUCACGAGGUCGCAGUGGGAGCACUUCGGGAGGAAAACGAGGAUCUGCGGCAAGAUCUCCGUCACCGUCACUGAGCAAGAAUGGUUCGCGCGUUGGUGGUCGCAAUAACGGUAAAAUGGAGUCAUUCCAGGACUGUUGGGUUGGAGAACCGGAACGGGAUGCAGAACUGCUGGAGGAUGGACCUCCAGCAUCCAACAACGCUCAGAAUCGCAAAUCGAUCCUCCGGUGUGACGUGAAUCCGUACGAUCUGAUCUCCUUGAGUGGUAUCGGGGGAGGUUCAGGCGGUGGCAUGCUGAGUGAAUUCUCACCCGACGGUGACGAGUUUGAUCUUCAUUCGCAAAAGUACGAAAACAUCCUUGACACGCUGUAUGCCAAUCGGUACAAUCCGCCAGCGAACAGUAUCGCGGCAAUCAAUGGCCAAAGAAUUAAGCUGUUCGAUGAUUCGGGCACCAGUGUGUCCGGUGCGCCCGUGUACGACGAUGUCGACGAGUUUGUGUACGAUCCGGUCGAGAUACCUGCCGCAGAGAUGGAAGCUAACGGCACCGAACAGACCCCAUCCGGUACACCGGAACGGCCACCACGAUCGAAAAAGCAGGAGGUAACCAAAGAAGACGACAGUCGAUCCCUCCCGUCGUCACCGAUCUCAACCGAUCCGGCAGUGGCGCAAAGUGCAAUCAAGUCUAUUCUCAAACGACCGUCCUCAAUGCCAGCGGGUACACCGUCGGUGACAGUGGAGAAGGACACGAGUGCACCGGGGUAUGAUACGAUUCGGCUCAAUCACACGCUGGUGCAACGCCUUGCGAAGCUCACCACCAAUGGUAGCGUAAUGGAAGAGGGUACCACCUUCGGCAAGAAUGGUACCAUAAGUGCUAGGAAUCUUACGGACAAGAGGAACUCGGGUUCACAGUUUUAUCUCCCAACACCGUUUCCCGUGGUGGCGAUAUCUACGGUCAGUUGCGACAGUUCACCAGACUCUGCACAGUCGACCACAUCGGCUGGUGGACGCAAGAAGGUUCAUUUCCUGGUUGAGAACGAAAUCAUUCACGAUGAUGAUCGACUGUUUGCACAGAUGCUGUUCACCGAGGUAUCUCCAACGGUGGAAUCUCCCGUGGAAACCAUGAAUGGAGUUGCAAAGGAGGAGAAGCGAACUGAAUUACAUGCUUCAUCCACCAAUGGUACCGAGUUGCUGAGUACUGGUAAAAAGGAUUCAAUUUCACCUAAUGGAGCAUCUACGCAGGUGGAGGUUGAAGAACCUGCCAAAGUGAUUCUACUAUCAGCACCAGUACUGAAGGCGACGAAGGCAUCAAACGGCACUAAUGAGGAACGUACCGAGAAACCGAGCGCGGUCGCUACCGUGUUUCAACGACGAUCCGGUCCAGUUCGGCGAAGCUUUAGUGACAGAUCAUCACCCACCAAGACGAAUGGGUACGAUGGGCGUGAAUCGAACGGUACCGGUGCUAGAGAUGAUCAGUUCAACGAUACGAUGGCAUUGCGUGUGCGAACAUUGCGAACUGAUUCUCGUACCGCUUUUGAAGAUGAAACUGCUUCCUCAACGUCAUCAUCUUCCUCGUCGGAAUCUUCGAUCGGUUCCGUAGCCUCACUGCUGAUGGCAGUUGGGCAGGGUGGUAAAACACGACCCAAACUGCCACCACCGCCUCCACCGCCACUAUCCAACGGUGGCCGGAAAACACCCACAUCACCUGCUAGUGUUUCACCUUCACUCGCAAACGGCACACACACUCACAACGCAGGCAACAGCAGCAACGUGUACGAGGAUUUUUGCUUCGGCCUGAUGGCGGGCGUCAGGCGUUCGAGUAGUGAUCGAAGCAGUUCCACCUCGACCUCUUCCCGUACGGUGGUACAGGUGCUGGCCAGCUCGUCAUCAUCCUCCUCACCGAUUUCUUCAAGCGCAGCCAUCCAUCGGCUCGAGAUCCGCCAUGAACCGGAACCGGAGGAGGAACACUACCAGAAGAAAACCUCCAUCAUGAUAACGGGUGACGAUUGCUACUCGACUGUGAACGUGGAUGGCGCUAGUGAUACACCGAUCUAUCAGUCGUCGGUGGUAGUAAACGAUGGAACCGUGUUGUCCUCACCGGCGAAUGAGAUACGUCAGACGGCAUCCAAUACGAUAACGAUUGCUGUGAGUUCACCGACGUCUACGUUGGACAGUCGAGCUAGUAAAUCGUCAAGUCGCUCGGAAUCGUUUAAAGUAGCCAGCUCUUCAAAGGAGGAUGAUAUGGUGGGGAAGAACAAAGAGCAGAACAGUGAACAGCUUACGAAUGGAACGGUAGUUUCGAUGGGCAGAGGUGAAGAAGUCCCGACCGUUACUACCGGAACGUCCAUCAUUCCAAUCGGGGGAAGUAGCGUCACUGGCAGCAAUGGUCGUACAUUGAUCAAUCUGGAUUUUAGUGAACAGAGCCGAACGACGGUUCCCUUAACUCCAGAUAGCAAUCCUUCCACACCGUCCAUCACGAUGCUUGAAAAUGUCGCACUGAUCGCACAAGUUCCUAGUGAAAGCAAUGACUCCAAAGAUCCACCGAAAGUACGCGAAGAUAUAGAUCACGAUGAACAACAGCAGCAGCAGCAGCAGAUGGUAGUCAAACAAUGCUUGGUGGAGCUCACACCGACACCGGUUGUACUUCGGCGUUCGAUUAAGCCGAGUUCGGAACCGGCAUCCGGCAGUUUGCAGGCAAAGGUGUGCAGGAAUAGCUUCAUCGCUAAACUGCUGGAGGAUCCCUCCCUCAGCCAGCUGUCCGAAGGGUUGGAUUAUGAUCUGAUCGCAAAGCUGAUCGAAAACUCACUGCUCCGACUGAAGGAAUCACGCAACGGGCUGGACAUGAGCGGUACCAAAGACGAAGACGAUGUGUCAAAGAUGAUCGAACAAUCGCUGCUCAAGAUACAGGAGGAGCGUAGCAAGUUGGCGGCUAGUAACAUCCCAACCGGUACCGUGAAGUUGCCGGAGAUUCAGAAUGGUAGCAAGCGGAGUAGCGUUAGCUCGGGCAAUAGUUACGGUUCGGCUGCUGCCUAUGAGUUGAUGGAGUUCGAUCAGCUGGGUGAUUUGAGUGACUGCUAUCAAAGCUGCAGCAGUGAUCUGACGGUGGAUGAUGACGCGAACUCAUCCCGCAGUAAGUUCUAUCAGAUGCUGGUGGAUGCGACCCUAUCGGAGAUUGAAAUCAACACGACAAACGAUGAUGACGAUCACCAUUAUGAGUCGAUCCGGUUGAAUGGUGAUCCGAUCUAUGAGGAGAUCAACGAUAUACCGCCACCCUUGCCCCUGACAGCACCACCAAUCGAUGAUGUGGAUCUGGAAAAGCAACGUAACGCACGGUCUAUCUUCGAAGGUGCCUCAAAGUAUGACAUCCUUUCGUAUCUGGUGGACGCGAAAGAGCGUGGCAUCGUACAGGAGGAUGGUACGUACGGGUUCCAGUUCGGGAAUGCUGGUGACAUCAUUCUGGAGGAGGAAGAAUCAGAACCCAUCACCGAGCUACGGCACCAUCAGCGCCAGAUAUCAGACAUCAGCAGUCGGCUGAGUCACCUUUCGGGCAUUAGUGAUUCCAGUGAGGAUACGUCCCUGUCAACGUCGGCUAUGCUCAGCAACGGGCGAAGCAGUAAAGCGUCCGCCGAGAUCGAACGCAACGACUCGGGCGUUGGUUCGGAGACGAGCAAAACGUCCCGCAGCCGGUGGCAGAAUCCAGCAUCCGCUUCACUACUCACCAAGAUCACACCGAUCCAUCUGUGCGAAGAUUGUGACGGUCCGGUAGAGACGCAGGUCACCGAGUCGGGCGUCAUGUACGCACCGCUCGUGUGUCGCAAGUGUGGCAAGAAGCGUGCGGAACGGAAAGAGAUCAUCACCGAGAUUGUCGAAACGGAGGAAAAGUACGGACGGGAUCUGCAGAUCAUUCUCGAGGAGUUCUACCAGCCGAUGCUGGUGGCCGGGCUACUGAACCAGGAUCAGCUCUCUGCAAUCUUUUUGAACGUGGAAGAACUGCUGGAGAACAAUCAGUUCUUGGCCGAGAGGAUGCGCGAUGCGCUCGAUAUUGCAAACGAGCAGGGUGACGAUGACCUGCUGACGGUAAACAUCGGCAAGAUCUUCCUGGAAGCGGCCCCGAUGCUGCACGCAUUUGAAAGCUACUGUGUCCGACAGGGCGCGGCCAGCUUGCUGCUAGCAAACCUCGAGAAGGAGAAAGAACUGUUGCGCAUUUUCCUGCGCGUCUCCCAGAUGGAAAAUGCCGUACUACGGCGAAUGAAUCUCAACUCGUUCCUUAUGGUCCCGGUGCAACGUGUCACCAAGUAUCCAUUGCUGUUGGCCCGCCUUUAUAAGGUUACUCCGGGUCAUCUGGAGGGCAAAGAGCUGCUGAAACAGUCCCAGGAAAAGAUUGAACUGCAUCUGAACCACAUGAACCGGGAAGCGAAGGACGUUCCGACGAAGCUGUGGCGUCGUAUCUCGUCCUCCAGUCCGGGUCGUCGGUUAUCCUGUGAGCUGGAUAUGAUUAACAUCAAGCUGCGCAAGAUGGCUGUGGAUGUGCUCGAGUGGAAUCAUGAGGAGGUCCGAUUCGCUAUCGAGGGCCGAUUGCUCUUUACGCAGCCGAACGAUGGCAACUGGAAGAAGAGCCGCACGAUCAAGCUGACUUCGAUCAAUGCCCUUCUGGUGACUAAUGGCAAGCCCACGGCCAGCUACAAGGCGGACCGGGCCCUGUCGGAAACGCUCAGCUUUCCCCGGCACACGGGCAUUCGCGAGGCAUCGCUGCUGCUGGUACGCGAAAAGGGUGGCCGAUAUACGCUGCUACGUGAGCCACUGUUCCUUGACCGGUGCAUCGUCUGCUCCGAGCACGACUGGGAGGACUAUUUCGAGGUGCAGGAGAUCCUCUCGAAGGAGUCCUUCAUAUUCAAGGCUGAGGACGGUACGAAAACGAAACAGUGGUACGCCCAGCUGCAGUACCAUUCGCAGGGUAUGGGCACCUGGCGUAAGCGUCGAAAUGCGCUCGCCAACAUCAUGAUUAAUGGCAUGAUGACACGAACGUAAGAAGCGGAAACGAUGACUCCUUCCCGACUUCCCGGCAACAAACCCGCCUCCCACCCACUAACCCGUGCCAACCCCCCCAACUAGGAUCUGUUUUGUGUGUAGGAUGUAUGUAUGUGUAUGUAAUUGCGCGAUUUGUGUUAUGUAUGUUAGGGCAAGAUAGUGCGACAGCGUGUGAAUGUUUGGUAGCAAGGAAUUUGUACAGACAUUUGGCCAGCAAGCGGCAAAAGAAAAACGUUGCUCACAACGUUCAUUCGAUAAAAAAACCGAAUACGGUGGUAGAUAUGUUUGUUCCACCCCACAACGAGUACACGAAGCUAUUUAUUCGAUUAACGUUUGCAAAACAAAUUCGGUUCUCUUCAAGCAAGCGUCACUUAACUUGUCGCGUACUUGUUUUUUUUUAUUGCUACGUGACAUUUAAAUACAAAAUAAAACGCUUCCUUUAUCUGCUUUCGUUUUCCAUUUAUCUUUCCACGAGCUUAACCUUCUCAGUUGAAAGGAAAGUGAUUUUGGGAAACGUUUCACCAUCCUCUCAAAGCUUGAAUGGUUUUACUUUUAUUGAUAUGAAUAAAGCAAGUUUGUUUGAUGGUUUUUUUUUUGUUUGUUUGUUUUGUUUCAUUUUCCUCGUCUUAUUAAAACAUAAAGUAGAUGAUGAUGCGAUUGUAAAGCGAUUGUAAGUAGCAGAAGCAGAAAAUACACAAAACGCAGUAGAAUAAAUAUUAGGUAAAUGAAACAAGCAAGGCAAAUAUGCAAAAGUAACACAAGCAAGUAGAAAUGAAGGAACUAAGGAAAAGCACAAUGUGAAACAAAAUAUGCAAAUAACUAAUUUAUCUUGCUUAGUGAGAAAAGUAGAAAUGUGGGAAGGGAAAACGUAAAUUGAUCACGUGCUUGUUGAAAGCUUCGCCUGUCGUAGGAUUAAUAAAAAAAAUGAGAAGAUAAACACAAUAAACGGGUCGCGAAAGAAUAAAACAGAUAAUCCCUUUAUCAAGAGAAAAUAAAAACAACACAAACGAACGAUAAACGAAACAAAAACACAUUACAAAAAGAAGAAAGCGAUAAUUUACACUUAACAACACAAACAGAACUCAUAGCAAGCAAUAAUAGAAACUAAUAGAAAAAAAUGUUAUAAAAAAAAACAAAGUAUCGAAAAUGAUAAAUAUGGUGACGAAAACGAAAGCGUUUAGGUCCAGUUUGUUGGCGAGCUAGAGAGUUAGUGUGUAGUCGGUUGUUUGAGACAGAGAAACUAAAAGUUGCGAUAGAAAAACUGCAAAACAAAUAAAUAAAGAAUACUUAAAAAUGGA